AGGAAGAGGAGAAAAUCGUUACUCUCAUCAUCAGAACCUGAAUUAAUUCCUUCUUCAUUCCAACGGCUGCCUGCGAAAUUUUUCCCUUUCGGUUCCCAAACCAACUUUUAUUUUAUUUUCUGGUCCCCAAAAAAAAAAGAUUAUUGAUAAUGGGUACGCGAACCCAGCACCAGCAAGGAAGCCGAGCCGUCGACGACGACGGCGACGACGUCCCGGGGCUGGGCGGCGCUACCACGACGACGACGGCGUCGGGGCAGUCGGUGUCUAUGAGCGGCAGCGUUGGGUCGCCGUCGAGCCGGAGCGAGCAGACGAUGGCCACUCCCGCCAACGACAACACUUUUCGAUUGAAUCAUCUCGAUAUCCACGCCGACGAUGCCGGUUCCCAAGGUAGUAAGAAGAAAAAGAGAGGUCAACGUGCUGUUGGAGGUGAUAAGAGCGGAAGAGGGCUUCGCCAAUUCAGUAUGAAAGUGUGUGAGAAAGUAGAAAGCAAGGGAAGGACCACUUAUAAUGAGGUUGCUGACGAACUAGUAGCAGAGUUUGCUGACCCUGGCAGUAGUGUCACGACCCCAGAUCAGCAACAAUAUGAUGAGAAAAACAUACGGCGAAGGGUAUAUGAUGCCCUGAAUGUUCUAAUGGCAAUGGAUAUCAUAUCAAAGGAUAAAAAGGAAAUACAAUGGAAGGGCCUGCCUCGUACAAGCCUUAAUGAUAUUGAAGAAUUGAAGACAGAGCGUCUCAGUCUCAGAAAUCGGGUCGAAAAGAAAACUGCAUAUUUGCAAGAACUUGAAGAUCAAUACAUAGGCCUUCAGAACCUGAUACAACGGAACGAGCAAUUAUAUAGCUCUGGAAACACCCCCAGUGGCGGCGUGGCUUUACCUUUUAUUCUUGUGCAAACUCGCCCUCAUGCAACUGUUGAGGUGGAAAUAUCAGAAGAUAUGCAGCUGGUGCAUUUUGACUUUAAUAGCACCCCAUUCGAGCUUCAUGAUGAUAAUUACGUCCUGAAGGCAAUGAAAUUCUGCGAAAGGCCCCAGGCUGAUGAUAUGGCUCACAAUUUUUCCGCAGAUGGAGGUGAAGGUUCUAGCAUGUCGAGCAUGUAUCAAACACAGAUACCGCUUCCAUCAAUGUCAAACACACCAAUUAGGACUCCCACCUCACCCCCACUUCCCGGGAUACUGAAAGCACGCGUCAAACACGAGCACUAAUAAAUUUGAAGCUCGAUCAUCUUGUCAUGGUGGCCUAUAAUUUUUAGAUUUUGUAUAUUGUGUAGAGUAAUUUGCCAGAAAGAGUGAAAUUGGCCGCUCCUGAUUUUUCUCACUAGGUUUUGCCCUUAGAUGGAUAUAGGUUUAGGUCUCAAGCAGAUGGGUCUUAAUUGUUAUGGACUUGCGAUUUUAGGUCUGGCAGAUUCUUUGCCUCCUUGCCCCUCAUGUGCUAUUGUAAUAUUUGUUUUUCAUUUUUACCCCACUUGGCCUUUUAGCUCCAGCUUGUAGUAAAAGAAGUGAUAAUGUUAGUCCCUUGAAGUUUGUCCAACUAUAAAUAGAAUCACAAAAUUUAUUCGAACGUAUUCUGUAUC